GUGGUGCAGCAUAGGGCAGCAUGUGGAGUUGGUGUGAGCGUAAUAUAAGGGCGAUGAGGAGCCUUAGUAGCUUUCUUUGCUGUCUCUUGGGACAGGUUCACUUAGUGAUGGCUUCUCAGGACUCAGCCCUGCCUGAGCCCUUCACAAAAAUAAAAGGUGCUGAAAGAACCUGGGACAAGGCAAGAGACGAUGAUGGAGGGGGCAAGAUAUCCUGGGUGAAAGAAAGAAACAGCAUCUGUGACCCAGAUGCUGAAGGCCUAAAUGGAGUCCCUCUAGCCAAGCAGCUGGAAGAAGGAGGAAACCUGGAGUUGUCCCCAUCUCCAGUACAGGGUGAAAAACAUUUGAUAAUGCUGCAAACGGUGCAUUUGAAGGAAGGAGAAGAUGAGCUCCAGGGGGUCAGUCAGUUGAAUAUUCAGCAGCAGAGUGGGGUGCACAUGGUGGUGCAACGAGGUGCAAGUGUCUUGCAGCCCUUGGUAGUAGUGCAACAGGGAGUAGGUGCUCAGCAGAAUCUACCCACAGGUGUAGCAAUAAGUAUACAGGAUGGUGUUUAUACAUUUCAUGACGUGGAGGUGAUGCAGAUUAAUGUUUUGCAAGAAAAAGUACAGGCAAAAGAUGAAGAAAACCUGUCAUUGGAUAAACCCCCAGGAAUGCUACUGAUUAAGAUUGAUAGAAGUAAAGAUCUACAUGCAGUUGAAGGUAAGGUCCAGCAACUGCCUCCAAAUGAAGAGGGAAGAGAAAAGGACAUUUUCACUGCUGAGAAAGCAAAGAUCUUGAGCUGUAAAGCCAAAGAUGAUAUGUCAGUGUCACACUGUGAACACAAAGAGCAAGAAGAGCAAGCAGUUAUAAAAAACACUGACGCUCUAGAAACUCAAAAAAACACACAGCAUAGGAAAAAAGGGAAAAAGAUGAUCUUCCAUUGUGAUCUGUGCGCAUUCACCUCUCUUAGAAUGUCAAGUCUUAAUCGGCACAUGAAGACCCAUUCUGAUGAAAAACCCCAUGUGUGUCAUCUCUGCCUUAAGGCUUUCCGUACAGUUACUCUCCUGCGUAACCAUGUGAAUACACAUACAGGGACCAGACCGUAUAAGUGCAGUGACUGUGAGAUGGCAUUUGUGACCAGUGGUGAGCUUGCACGACACAGGCGAUAUAAGCACACUCUAGAAAAACCCUUUAAGUGCUCAAUGUGUAAAUAUUCUAGUGUAGAAGCAAGCAAAUUGAAGCGUCACAUUCGUUCACACACAGGAGAACGUCCUUAUAACUGUUACCUCUGUAGUUAUGCUAGCAAAGAUACCUAUAAGCUGAAAAGACAUAUGGUAACUCAUUCAGGAGAAAAACCCUAUGAAUGUUAUGUUUGUCAGGCCAGAUUCACGCAAAGUGGUACCAUGAAAAUCCAUAUAUUACAGAAGCAUAGUGAAAAUGUGCCCAGAUACCAGUGUCCACAUUGUAAUACAUUUAUUGCAAGAAAAAGUGAUUUGGGUGUCCACUUACGUAAUUUGCAUUCCUACCUGACCGUAGCGACGAAGUGCUGUUAUUGUGAAGCUCUCUUUCAUGAGCGCUAUGCUCUUAUUCAGCACAAGAAAACUCACAGAAAUGAAAAGCGAUUCAAAUGUGAUCAAUGCAGUUAUGCAUGCAAGCAGGAACGACACUUGAUUGUGCAUAAGCGUACACAUACUGGUGAGAAACCCUUCACUUGUGUAUGUUGCAGCAAAUGCUUCCGGCAGAAGCAGCUUCUGACUGUUCACUUCAGGAAAUACCAUGAUUCCAAUUUUAAACCAAUGGUUUAUGAAUGCCCUAAAUGUGGCAAGGGCUAUUCACGCUGGAGUAAUAUGCAUAAGCAUUCUGAAAGCUGUGGAUUGGUGAGAGCAGAAUCUGUUACACGCCGCAAAGGAAGCAAGGGCAAAAAGAAAAGAUGUGACAGACUAAAACAUGAUGUUAAGCAAGAAGCUGUUGACCUGGGAUCAUUCCAAGAUGUUUCCUUUGUGAACACUGAAUGCUGUGCCAGUGAGAUUGUGCCUGUCGUAUAUGGAAUAGAAACAAGUACUCCGAUGGAGCAGAAAACAGAAAUAACUUGUGAAAUGAUCCUCAACAUGAUGGACAAAUAAUACAAACACAAGUUCUGAUUUCCAUUGUUAACGUACAGAAUGUCAGUUUGUAUACUAAUGCAAAGUUUGUAAGCAUGUUAAGGGAAGUAAGCUGUAGAAGGUAUUAGUUUCUGUAAAAGUUGCUAAAAAGUUGUUAGCUAAAGUUACAUGAAAGCCACAUAUUCUAACAUGUUCACAUCCGCAUCAAAGAAAAACAAAUUUUAAAACUAGGCCAUGGAAAAGAAGUAGGUUCAAUUUAUUCAAUUUACUUUUCAUUUUUCUUCCAGAUUUAGUUACAGAAUUACAUACAGUUUUCAAGCAAAUUUAUUCCACAGUAGCUCUGUGCUCCUGUCAGAUCCAGAUCUGUGUGACUUUCAGCUUGUUUGCAUUUACCUCAUGGUGAGCAC